UACUCGCAAAUGAACUCCUCUACGCUCCCAAAUCCGACAUUGAUGGUUGAACCGAGCCGAAGCCCAGCUGUGGCUUGAGCCGAACCAAAGCCGACAUGAACCGUGCCGUCUCCAGCAUCCGGAGCCACCACGUCGCUCGCCUCGGCGCCUCCCGCACCGCCGCCGCCUCCUUUUCCUCCUCCUCCUCGCCAGAGGCUGCGGAGGCGUGGGACGGGCGGUUCCGGCUGCACAAGCCGCGGGGGCAGCACCUGCUCACCAACCCGCGCGUCCUCGACGCCAUCGUCCGGCGCGCCGCGCUGCGCCAGGGCGACGCCGUCCUCGAGGUCGGCCCCGGCACCGGCAACCUCACCGUCCGCCUCCUCGCCUCCGCCGCCGCCCGCGUGUCCGCCGUCGAGAUCGACCCGCGCAUGGUCGACGCCGUCACCGCCCGCGUCGACGCUCUCGGCCUCGCGCACAAGCUCACGCUGAUCGCCGGGGACGCCGUGGAGACCGAGUUCCCGGAGUUCGACGUGUGCGUGGCCAACAUUCCCUACGGGAUCUCUUCGCCGCUCAUCGCGAAGCUGCUGUUCGGGCCCUACCGGUUCCGGGCGGCGACGCUGCUGCUGCAGAAGGAGUUCGCGCGGCGGCUGGUGGCCGCGCCGGGCGACUCGGAGUACAACCGCCUGGCGGCCAACGUGCGGAUGGUCGCCGACGCGAGGCUGCUCAUGGACGUGAGCAAGAGGGACUUCGUGCCCGUGCCCAAGGUGGACUCCUCCCUCGUCGAGAUCCGGCCGAGGGCGGCCGCGCCCGACGUCGACCUCGCCGAGUGGCUGGCCUUCACGCGGGCGUGCUUCGGCCAGAAGAACAAGACCCUCGGCGCGAUCUUCAAGCAGAAGAGGAAGGUCUUGGAGCUGUUCACGAGGUCCCAUGGCGCCGAUGAACGCCGCCACUCCAAUGCCGGUGGCGGCGGCGGCAGCAGCUGCCUCGUCGCGCUUGGCGGCGGUGACGACGGAGACAUCGGCGACAGCGACUGCAAUGGCAGCUACGACGGAGCAGCCAGCUUCAGUGAGGAGGAGGAGGUCACCGCGUUCAAGGCGAAGAUCGCCGGUGCAUUGGAGUCCUCCGAGCUCGCCGGCAAGAGGCCGUCUAAGCUGUCGAACGACGAGCUCCUGCACUUGCUCAGGUUGCUCAACGAACAAGGGGUCCGGUUUCAGUAGACCAUGGCUUUCUCUCGACCCAAGACUCCAAGAGGAUGAAGUGAGGCUGCAUGCUUGCAGCUGAGGUCACGUCCCGGCCAUCCAUGGCGGCCGGCUGCCCGCGCCUCACAGCAGGUCAGCCGUCACUGGCAGCCACCUCGUCAAUUCGCAUCGCAGCAUGUCAAAAAUUACAGCAACUAUGAUGGCCAAUGACCGGUGCUUCGAUCAUGAAAUGAUCAACCGACGCCGUUUGGCUGAAACAGCAACUUCUGCUAGUAGGUGUAGGCUGAAUGUGUUCGGAGGUGUGGAGAAAAUUAUGUAGUCAGGCAUGCCGCAUGCAACUGUAAACGCAGUGCUACUGAGAGAGACAUAUCUUGGAGGCUGGAGCAUUAUCCAUGGCACUUCUACAUCCUGGAUCACUAUUUGCUGAGGUGAAGUUGGAAUUAACUUUUUCUUUUUCAUCUACCGCACUUGGCAUUAGUCACAAUCAUUUAUUCAUUUUCUACCUGGUACUCGGUUAGUAAAUCAGCACUGUUCAUUGAUUGAAAUCAAGCAAUAUGUCCAUGAUAAAUGACCAUUUGAGCAGAUCAUUUGCAUAUAUAUGCACAGUUUAUAUAACUUCAUUAAAUUCUCA